AUGGCUGUUGCUGCACUGCCGGCGGCUGCUGUCCUCCCAGCGGCUGUGGCAUUCCCAAUUGCUGUAGGACCCCCAAUGACCUCAGCGGCUGCUGAAGUGGCAUCCCCAGUUGCUGCAGGCCUCCCAGUGGCUGCUGCACAUUCGGGUGCUGUUGCCACCCCCACUGCUGCUGACCUACGGGCAAUUGUGGUAUCCCCGGUUGUUGUAGGUUCCCCUGCGGCCCCAGUGGUGGUUGAUGCAGGAUCCCCAGUGGUUGCAGGCCCCUCAGCGGUUGCUGCACAUUCAGAGAUGGUGGUCAGCCCCACUGCUGCUGCACAUUCGGGGGCUGCGACCACUGCCAAAGCUGUUGCUGCACCACCAGCGGCUGUUGGCCUCCCAGCUUUGGGGGUUGUGGCAUCCCCCAUUGCUGUAGAGGCCUCGGGCUGGGUGGCUGGUUCAAAUUGGGUUGUGGAGAUUUUAACACAGCUGGAAAUUGCCUCUGGAAAAUAUGAUGACGAUGAACAGAAGCGAAGGCAGCAAAUACUGCAAGAAUUAACACUAGUUCCUCGUCUUGAAUUUGGAGAUCCAGAAAAAUUUGAGGCUACAAAGAGAAAUAUUCUUGCAUCCCUUACCCUUUGCAAAAACAUUCAUUUCCAUUCUGGAGUCAUUUUGAUCUUUGGAUCUUAUUUUGAUCAUAUUACUGAAUGGAACAACUAUCUGGAGGACAGCAAUGUAUUUUUUAUUACCUAUGAGGAAAUAAAAGAGAAUCCAGUCUCAGCACUGAAAAAAAUAGCCAAAUUCUUUAAUUUUUCUGUAACUGAAGAGGAGAUUGAGAGCAUUGUAAAGAAAACAAGUUUUGAAAACAUGAAAAAUAACGCAGGAACCUGUGGAAAACUAGGGAAAGCACUUUUCCGCAAAGGCAUAAUAGGUGAUUGGACAUCUGUCUUCUCAGAAAGCCAGAGUGAAAGAAUGGACAGAAAAUUUGAGGAGAGUGUAGCAAAAACUAAGCUUGGAAUGAUGCUGAAAUAUGAGCUGUACUGCAAAAACUAAAGAAACCAUCAGUGCUACACAUCU